UGGCACAAAUUCAAUAAAUGAGUGUUCAGAAGGGAGGAUUAAAUCUGUUUUCAGUUAUUCUCAACAUUUGUACAUCAGACAAGACGAAAGUAAUUUACAGCAACAGGACUCAAUGAAAGGUUCUCGGAUUAGUAGCCAACGAAACUAAUCUGAUAAAUAAAAACACAUUUCCGCCUCAUCAACCAUUCAUCACAUAUUAGUAUCAAAACAGCCAUGGGUAGAAAAAGGUAUUUUUAAUCAUGGUUGAAUUUGGUAUAACCUUUUUAAUAUUAAUACGUACACCCUUCUAAAAUUGAUUGAAGUGGUAAAUGGUAUGACAUGGACACUCCCACACGCCCACCAUACCCCCGCCCUCCACCUCCGCGCCCUCCUCCGCCGCUGCGCCCGCACCUCCUCCCCCCGCACCGCCACCCAGCUCCACGCCGCCGCCCUCAUCUCUGGCCUCCUGCCACCCACCUCCUCCGACCCCCACUUCCUCCUCAACGCCCUCUUCCACCUCUACUCUCUCUCCUCCCUCUCCCUCUCCCAUGCCAUCCACCUCUUCCAUCAAAUCCCCAACUCCCACAAAGACUCCGUCGACUACACUGCCCUCAUCUCUGCCACUAACCCCAACCAUGCCCUUCGCCUUUUCUCCGAAAUGCGCUCCCUCGCCCUCCCCCUUGACCCCGUCUCCGUACUCUGCGUCCUCACCAAGUGCUCCCAUCUCGGCUGCGUCAAAACGGGCUCGCAGCUUCAUGCACUUGUGGUGAAGCUUGGGGUUUCUGGGUGUGUUAGAGUCUGCAAUGCUUUGAUGGAUGUUUAUGUGAAGUGUGGGCUUGUGGAUGGGGUUAGAAGAGUUUUCGAGGAUAUGGGGUUGAAGAGUGUGGUGUCUUGGACUGUGGUCUUGGAAGGUGUGGUGAAAGGGGAGGGUUUGGAGAAUGGGCGGAAGGUGUUCGAUGAAAUGCCGGAGAGGAAUGAGGUUGCUUGGACUGUGAUGAUUGUGGGGUAUGUUGAGAAUGGGAUGACUAGGGAGGCUUUUGAGCUUUUGAGGGAGAUGAUUUUUGGGUGUGGGUUUGUGUUGAAUGGUGUAAGCCUUUGUUCGAUUCUUUCGGCUUGUUCGCGGUCUGGGGAUGUGAGCUUGGGGAGGUGGGUUCAUGGGUAUGCUGUGAAGGAAAUUGGGUGGGAUGUGGGUGUCAUGGUGGGAACUGGGUUGGUUGACAUGUAUGCAAAGUGUGGGAGGAUUGGUGCUGCCUUGGUUGUGUUCAGGAACAUGCCAAGGAGAAAUGUAGUGGCGUGGAAUGCCAUGAUUGGUGGGUUGGCCAUGCAUGGGAAGGGAAAGGAUGUGGUGGAUAUGUUUGAUUCCAUGAUCGGAGAAGGAGUGAGCCCUGAUGGUUUGACUUUCUUGGCCUUGUUGAGUGCUUGCAGUCAUUCGGGUAUGGUUGAUCUCGGUUGGAAGUACUUCAACGAGCUUGAGUCCAUUCAUGGGAUAAAUCCGGAAAUGGAGCAUUAUGCUUGCAUGGUGGACCUCCUUGGUCGAGCCGGACGAUUGGAAGAAGCCGAAGCUUUUAUUAAAAGCAUGCCAUUUGCUCCAAAUGAAGUUGUUCUGGGGUCUCUUUUUGGCUCUUGUUACACACAUGGGAAGGUGAAGCUUGGGGAACAGAUUAUGAGAGAGUUGGUUCAGAUGGAUCCAUAUAACACUGAGUAUCAUGUCUUGCUUUCCAACAUGUAUGCCUUGUCUGGGAAAGAGGAAAAGGCAAAUUUCUUCAGGAAGGUUCUUAAGAAAAGGGGUAUCAAAAAGGUGCCAGGAACGAGCUCAAUGUAUGUUGGUGGCCAGCUUCAUCAGUUCAUCGCCGGCGAUAAGUCUCACCCGCAAACUGCAGGGAUUUACAUGAUGCUAGAUGACAUGAUUCGCCGGUUGAGGUUGGGUGGCUAUGUUCCCAAUACAAGUUCUCAGGUUUUGUUUGGUUGUUCCACCAGGGAUGAUUGCACUGAGGCAUUGGAGGAGGUAGAACAAGUGUUGUUCACUCAUAGUGAGAAGCUUGCACUUGCUUUUGGCCUAACAAGCACUCCAUCAGGUUCUCCAAUACACAUUUUCAAGAACCUAAGGAUUUGCCAAGACUGUCAUUCUGCUAUGAAGAUUGCAUCUUAUGUAUACAACCGUGAAAUCGUGGUCCGAGAUCGAUAUCGGUUUCAUAGUUUCAAGCAAGGUUCUUGUUCUUGCUCUGACUAUUGGUGAAUUCAGCAGGGAUGGGAGCUUGGUAGGAGUGUUGGGGAAGGAUGAGAUAUACCUGUUAAUCCAUUGAUCCAGUAGUGUAGAUAUUUUAGUGAAAGCUAUGUAUAAAGUUUCCCAUAAAAGUAUACUUGUAGGUUUAAAAUCUCUUCAAAGUAAAAUCUCCCAGUUGUGGCAAUUACCAAUUAGUCUAAUUUCUGUAAUUCUAUUCUUAUUUAAUAUUAAUACAGACUCAAUUUCCAAGCA